AUGUUGCGUUGGUCUGUGACAUUGCAUACGGAUGUGGGAGAUAUCAAAAUAGAAGUCUUCUGUGAGAGGACACCCAAAACAUGUGAGAAUUUCUUAGCUCUUUGUGCCAGUAAUUACUACAACGGCUGUAUAUUUCAUAGAAAUAUCAAGGGCUUCAUGGUUCAAACGGGAGAUCCAACAGGUACUGGAAGAGGAGGCAGCAGCAUCUGGGGCAAGAAGUUGGAGGAUGAGUACAGUGAAUAUCUGAAGCACAGCGUUAGAGGUGUUGUGUCUAUGGCUAAUAAUGGCCCAAACACCAACGGAUCUCAGUUCUUCAUCACCUACGGCAAGCAGCCGCACCUGGACAUGAAGUACACAGUGUUUGGAAAGGUAAUAGAUGGUCUGGAGACUUUGGAUGAGUUGGAGAAGUUACCAGUGAAUGAGAAGACGUACAGACCUCUCAAUGACGUACACAUUAAGGACAUUACUAUUCAUGCCAACCCAUUUGCUCAGUAGCUGUAAUAGCCCUGGACAGAUACUUGGCAAAUGCUUCACCGGACCACACCCAUGGUGGCUUGUCCAGUUCUGCUUGUGUCAGAGACUGGUCCUUCUGGUGGUUACAGGAAUGACAUCCACCCCGGAGCCCCAGGGCUUCCC